GAUCACCACCACAGCAUCACUAUACCACACAAGAGCAAUAAUGGCAGACCCAAGCUACCUUAACGCCCAGCCAGGCUUCCUCAAUGCAUCAGGACGCAGGGGACCCGCCCCUCCUCCCAAGUCCUCCAACCCUCUGGUACGCUUCUGGAACGAGGAAAUUGUCAACCCUGAGAAGCAGCCAGGAAACAUGGCCAUUGCUUGGGGAGUCGCUGUUGCACUCGCUGGCAUCACCGUCAUCAGGGCAGUUGGAAAGGACCUGCUAGUGCCGGCCUUCUAAGUCAACGCUGAAUGCAAAGAGAAGAGGGAUGGAAGGGAAGAGAAGGGGCGAGAGCACACUCAAGACACCUUCGAUGCUUCGAACACUCUCAGAGCGGGCCUCUUAUUGGAAGAGGCAGUGUAAUACGGACUGUACCGACUAGCUAUACAUACCAUCACUUCUUCCUUGUUCCCUAGGGUGGAGUAGCCCGAACGUAUGAUCGCUUAGCUCCCAUGCGGCGGAGGAAGCGAGACAGGGCACCAGAACUGAUGCACAUUCAGAAUGUACCAGUCUGCGACCCAGACUUUGAGGAUGUAUCGUGCAGUCAUACGACAGAGCCGAUGUGAGAGGAUGAGAGGAGGCAAACAAUUCAGGUCUCUCGCCGAAUCCGGUUCCUGCUCGACGCACAAACGGCGGGCACACUUGAGAGAGCUUGAUCUGCCAAUGCUUGCAUACAAAAAGAUUCAGAAGAUACAAG